AUGGGGCAGAAUACCGAAGGCUGGAGCACGAUUCUAGUGCACAUGAUUUGCUCAAGGUUGGAUGGAGUCACGCUGCGAUUUUGGGAGUCGUCGCACAAUUCCAAGGAAGUGCCUGCCUACCGGAACUUGAUAAACUUCCUGAAGAAUCAUUGUGCGGUUCUUCAAUCAGUUGGAUCGAGUCAUUCAGUCUCCGCCGAUUUGAAGAAGCCGAAGCUAAGUGUCAGCCAUUCCUCAACGUCCAUUGGUCGGUGUUGCUUUUGUUCCGAACCAUUUCAUCCUGUGUUUUCGUGCAAGCGGUUCAUGAAGCUGAAGAUCUCGGAGCGGUACGAUGCAGUGCGGAGAAACGGUCUGUGUAUGAACUGCUUAUCGUCAGGUCAUUUUGCCCGGAACUGCAGCAAAGGUUCGUGUCGUCAAUGCGGGAAGAAGCAUCAUUCCCUCCUCCACACAGAGAUGCACAGUGCCAGCACGAAGUCAUCCGUUCCACAGACGACGAAGAGACCCCCAAGUGAACACCACCAACAGACACAGCAUACGCAAUCGGAACCACCAACACACCAGAAAGCACCAACCACAAACCACACCGAACCUUCCACUUCAUUGCCAGUUGUCAAUACACAAUCGCAUAGCACCAACCCACAGUUCGCCACAGACUAUCCAAACACACUGCAACACACCACAGCCCUACCAACACAAACCAAGACCUCCACACGUCAAGUUCUUCUCUCCACUGCCAUUGUGCGGAUCUGCGAUGCCAACGGAAGCUCGAUGCUUGCCAGGGCACUACUCGAUUCCUGCUCGCAGUAUUGUUUUAUUUCGUCCGAGUUUUGUCGACGCAUGAAGCUUAAAGAGCUCCCGAAUUAUCUACCGGUAAAGGGCAUCGGUAAUACCGGGAGCGUGUCGAAGAAAGCUGUCAGCGGUACAAUCAGCCCACGUUUCGAUAGCAUUUCGGAGUUCGUGGAAGUUAUGCGGUUCAACGUCCUGCCGAAGCUGACAAUUCCACUCCCAUGUGAAAGGUUCGAGACUUGCCAGUGGAAUCUCCAGGAGAACAUCGUAUUAGCUGAUCCUGAGUUCUACCACACAUCGGACAUCGAUAUGAUAAUCGGUGCCGAGUAUUACCUCGACCUGCUGCAGGAAGGAAGGUUCAGGCUCAGCGAGAAUGGCCCAACAUUCCAAAAUACUGUUUUCGGUUGGGUUGUAUCCGGACGUAUUCCUAGUAGCUCGAUCUCCGUACCCGGCACAUCCACCGCGUUGUGUUCCAUGUCCGAUCUUCAAGAACAGCUCACUCGUUUCUGGGAUCUCGAGAGCUGUCAUCUAGCGAGUACCUAUUCCGUGGAAGAGUCCACAUGUGAGGAGUUGUUCAAGAAAACCACUACACGCGACGUAGAUGGUCGUUUCAUCGUGAACCUGCCUAGGAAGGACCACGUAAUCGGUCAGCUAGGUAGCUCCAGAGCUGUGGCGGAACGGCGGUUCCUUAGUCUGGAGAGAAGGCUAUCGAACAACCCUCAGCUGAAGAAGCAGUAUUGCGAGUUUAUGAGGGAGUACGUGACAAUGGGGCACAUGGAAAAGAUACGCGAAGAAGAUUUCUCUGGGGCGGCACACUACUUUUUGCCUCAUCACGCCGUCUUGAAGCCGGAGAGCACAACAACAAAGUUGCGAGUAGUAUUUGAUGCUUCGUGCAAAACUUCGUCUGGUCUUUCGCUCAACGACGGGCUAAUGAUUGGCCCUGUGGUCCAGGACGACCUAAUCUCGAUUCAUGCUCGAUUCCGUCUGCACCGGAUCGGCAUUGUGGCAGAUGUUACAAAAAUGUAUCGGAUGAUCAAGAUGUGCCCACGUGAUCAAAAAUUGCAGCUGAUUUUGUGGAGGAACGACACCGACGAACCUAUCGAAGUGUUUCAGCUCACGACCGUUACGUACGGCACCGCUUCCGCUCCUUUUCUAGCUACACGUUGUAUGGUUCAGCUGGCAGAAGACGGAGAAGCUACACAUCCAGGCGCAGCAAAGGUGCUGCGGAAAGAUUUUUACGUCGACGAUAUGAUCACUGGCGUCGAUAACCCUGAAGAAGGAAAACGGCUGGUCGAAGACACAAUCGCCCUCACAGACUCCGCUGGAUUCACACUACGCAAGUGGAACUCCAACUGUGAAGAGGUGCUAAAGGAGUUGCAGCCUGAUCGUUGUGAUCAUCGAGCGGAAUUCGAAAUGGACUCGUCACCUCCAAUUUCGACCGUGAAAACGUUGGGUCUCGUCUGGUGCAUCAGAACCGACAACUUCCGUUUCACCAUGCCCGAGUGGAAUACAACGUCGGUGGUUACAAAACGAGUUGUGAUUUCCGACGCGUCCAAGCUCUUCGAUCCAUUGGGUCUGAUAGGGCCAGUCGUCGCCGAAGCUAAAAUCUUCAUCCAGACACUGUGGAAGCUGGAACUAAACUGGGAUGACCCGCUCCCAGAAAACCUUCAGGCCUUUUGGUUGAACACCGACGAACCUUAG